UGUAAAUGAAUAAAUUUACGGAUAUAAUUUUAAUAUUGGCAAUGGAGAAAGGAUUGGAUAUAUGUGUAUAAAUUAUUUUGAUUAUUGAUUUGUCUACAUUAUUAAAUAUCUUUCUCAAAAUAUAUGUCAUGAAAUUGCAGGUAAAAAACAAAUAUAAAGUAAAGAUUGUGUAUUAACUGCCGGCUAUGGAGUAUUAUUAAAAAAAGUUUAAUUUUUCUGCCAAUUAAAACUCCUCUGGAACUGAAACACCUGAAUUCGAACCUUGUUUAGGCUAAUCCCAUUUUUUUAUAUAUAUAUUUUUUUCACUUAUUUCUCUCUCCUCAGAAAUCCCCAAAAUCGAGCUAGGGUUUCUGAUCUAUCUUCAAUGCUUCUUCAAGUAUUUCAGACAUAUGCUUAAUAUAGCAUAUUCGAUCAGUUUUUUCUUCGAGAAAAAGAGCUUCUAAACUAAGUUGACUGAGUAAGUUCUGCAAAUGGAAUUGCUCGGUGGCCCUGCAACCAGUCCCUGCUUUCCUGCUGCAAGGAAAAAGAGAAGUAACUUUAAUAGGCGACCUCAUCCUGAUUUAAAGACAAUUACCAAUUUCCUUAAUGUUUUCUCUGUGCCUAGCUCACCAACAGAGUAUGAAGGGCAUGAAGCCAUUAGCUUGCAUUGCUCAAAUGGCAACUCAGGGACGGGGAAUGAUUUUGAAACUUACCAUCCUCCUCCUGGUGAUCACAACAGGUCUGACAUAAACAAGCUGAAGAAAGUGAAGCUAAAGCUUGGUGGCAUCACCCACACACUUCAUACCAAACCCACAACAGAGAUUGCAUUAGGGGGUGAACCACUUGGUAUAAGAUCUUUUGAUUCGCAUGAUGUCUCUGGUGCUCACCUAAAACAGGACUUCCCCGGGAACAGUGUUUUCGAUGCAAAAGAUAACUUUUCAAGGAGAUACGUGAUUCAAAACAGGGAUGCAAUGUAUAAAUCGGGUCAUAAGAGCAAGCGAGCUGCCAAGAAAGUUGAUGUGGAAGAGGGAUUCGAUGAUGAAGAUGAUGAGGAAAUUCGUUACCUGAAGAAAGUCAGAGCAUCUAGGGCUUCUUCUGGCAAUGGAGAUAGGCAAGAGGAAAUUGGCAGGAAAAGUAAAGGGAUAGUAAGUCUUAUGGGUUUAGCUCAUAGUGAUACAAAAGAUGGUAGAAAGAAGCUGAGAAUGCACAAGGAUAAUGACUUUGAAGUGGAGCUGACUUCAGACGAUGAACUCAAGAGCAAGAGGAAAAGGCUUACUGGAGAAUCUAUUGAUCCUAAUGGGCAAGAGCUGACCAUUACUACACGUAAAAGAGCUCUUGAGUGUCCUGAAUCUGGUGGUCUGGUGGAAUACCCAAAUGGCUUACCCAGUGCCCCUUCCAAAAAGCAAAAGCUUUCUGAAGUAGAGCAACAACUGAGGAAAGCUGAAAUUGCACAAAGGCGCCGAUUUCUGGCUGAGAAGGCAGCUAAGGAAGCUGAGGAUGAAGCAAUCAGAAAAAUACUCGGACAAGACUCUAACCGGAAGAAAGGAGAGAAGCUGAAGAAGCAACAGGAAGAAUUGGCUCAGGAGAGGCUUGGCAAGACUGCGGCACUUGGACCCAAUACAGUGAGAUGGAUCAUAGGUCCACAUGGAACAGUUGUUACUUUCUCUGUUGAUAUGGGGCUACCAAAGAUACUUGAUCCCUUGCCCUGCAGAUAUCCUCCACCGCGUGAAAAAUGUGUCGGACCAAAUUGUACUAAUGAAUACAAGUAUCGGGAUUCUAAAUCGAAACUCCCUCUGUGCAGCCUGCAUUGCUACAAAGCAGUGCAAGGAAAUGUGGAACUUCUGCCUGCUUGCUGAUCUUAACAGUGUGGUGCCCUUUUUUGUCCGGGAUGACCUCAUUUUACUGUAGAUGAUGUUCAUAGUAAUAUGACCUCGAAAAUCCUACCGGCAGCAAAGAUUGAUAUCUAGGUUAGCUUAGAUUAGAACUUGUGGCAAGAUGAUGUAGGGAAUAGAAAUCAGGCAGAUGAUAUUUUUUGGUUAGUGUAACCUGAAAUUCUAUCGCUAUGUAAAUGUUAUAGACUAACAGUACCAGAUGCUGUAGCCUAGUAACUGAAAUGAGAAUGUGUAAUUUAGAACUUGAAGGUGCUACCAUAUGGUAUCUUCUAAUUUUACCUAUUACUUGGGUGCGUAAUGAUUUGUA